AUGAAGAGCAAAUCACGUUAUUUAACGCCACAACACACUAAAAGGCUCAGGCGGAGUUCCAACUGUAGCGCAACAUUUUUAGAAAAUCACAUGCUGAAGUUUGGAUUAAAUCGAUUAAACUAUGCCGUAUCUUCUGGCCUUGUCAAAAGUCAAAAAAGAAGCAUAUACACAAGGCUACCUUUAAAAUGGUCUACUUCACAUAUUACAUGCAUGUCAAUAUACUAUUUCUCCCUUAUCUUAUACCUAGACAGAGAAGAUCAAGUUCCGAGAAACACAGAUGUGCUAGUUAUCGGUGGAGGUAUCAUGGGUUGGGCAACAGCUUUUUGGCUCCGACGUGAUUCAAAGUUUUCUGUCACUGUUGUUGAAAAGGAUCCUACAUAUAGUCAGUCAGCCACAGUUCUUGGACUAGGAUCUAUACGACAACAAUUUUCAGAACCAGAAAAUAUACAGAUGUCAUUGUUCUCAAUCGGGUUUUUGAGAAAUGUCUCAAAUUAUCUAUCGGUGGAAGAUCCAACAGAAAGCAUAGAUAUUGGUUUCAAUCCUCAAGGUUGUUUAAUGUUAGCAAAUGCUGAGAAUGUGGAUUUGUUAAAAGAGAAUUAUUUAUUACAGAUUGAUCUAGGAGCAAAAGUUGAACUGCUAACUAAAGACGAUCUGUCUGCGCGUUGGCCAUGGAUGAAUGUUGACGAUAUUGAAAUGGGUUGCUACGGUUAUGAAAAUGAAGGAUGGUUUGAUCCUUUUCUUUUACUGAAGGCAUUGAAAAUAAAAUGUCAUUUCAUGGGAGUAAACUAUGUUGUUGGAGAAGUGGCUGACUUCCAUGCUAGUCCAUUCAUUAUGGUAUCUUCUUCUGGUGGGGAGUCACAGAGACCUCCAGUAUCAUGUAAACCUUUACGUUCUGCUACAAUUUCCCUUCCCAACCAAAUGAAUAUUUCUAUUAGUUUUAAUUCAGUAGUAAAUGCAGCAGGUCCAUGGGCAGCACAUGUGGCUGAAUUGGCUGAAAUUGGCAGCGAAAAUCUUCCUUUACGGUUACCAGUUGAGCCAAGAUAUCGUCAAAUUUUCGUUGUGCGACCUAAAAAUACACUUAGUCAUAUAGAAAGUCAUUAUCCAUUACCUGGUUUGGAUAUGCCAUUUAUGAUAGAUCAUAAUCGUUUAUUUAUUGAACGUCGUGAUCUUUCCGGGGAAUUUAUUGUUUAUUCUGAUAAUCCUAAAUUUGAUUCUCUUAAUAAUAAUUGUAAUAAACAAAAUUCGGUGAACCAUGAAUUUUUCCAUGAAUAUAUUCAACCGUUAUUGUGUAAACGUAUACCAGGAUUUAAAGAUGCUGAAGUAACUUCAGGUUGGAUAUCCAUAUGUGAUUAUAAUACAUGGGAUCAAAAUUUAAUUAUUGGUUCUCAUCCAUUACAUACUAACAUGUAUUUUUGCAAUGGUUCAAGUGGUCAUGGUACACAGCAUGCUAUAGCAAUUGGAAAAUCAAUUUCUGAAUUGAUUGCCUUUCAACAAUAUAAAACAUUCGAUCUACCUUCGGUUGAUCUUACAAACAGAAGAAUUAACAUAAAGCCAAGAAAAAAUUUAUAACCAGAACUCCACUACUAUUUUGAGCAGUUUUCAAGUAAUAUGUUUUUUGAAGUGAUCAUAAUAAUGACUGAUGCAACUUAUUAUCAAAUGAAAUUAUUACUAAAUUCCGAUUUAUCAACUGAAAUGAAAUCAAGAUGUGUGCUUUUAUCAAUAAGAAGUAAUUUCAACCAAGUCUACGAUAAGAUUUAUCUCGAAAUAAAGCCAACCUUUUGGGAAGUAAUGAACAGCUAGUGAAUUCAAAGUUAAUUGAUAAAAGAGUAAGUAGACUUCAUAUCCCCUGUCGUCGUUACUUCAACCACGUAAGUAGUAGACAGUAUCAGUGAGCAAUAAACUGCAUUAUUCCUGUCGGUACAAUUACGUGGAAUAACUUGUUAUGGCUAAUAUGAUUUAGUAAUUCUUUAUUCUUAUGUUUACUUUGUAGAGUCUAGUGCUGCUACAUAAUUCAUCCAACUUUCGGACUAAGACCUACAGCAAACUAAUGGGUCAUUUUUGCAUUCAUAGGAAUUGUAUUCUUUUCGUAGUGAAUUGUGACCUUCAGCAAAUAUACGUCUUGUGUUCAUUUCCUUGUGAUUCUGCCCUUAUGCGCUCUGUGUGUUUGUCUGUCACUCACCAUUUACCCAAUGCCUGUCCCUUUGUCACACUACACAUUGUCUGUUUUGAAAUGUAUUAAUGCUUGUCUAUCUGAGUAAACGGAUGCCUGCGGCAAACUAAUCCAACUCAAUCCGUAUUUGGCUUUUAUUACCACUAUAGCUCGAACAGGUUUAGCCUAAGUGUAGUAUACGGAACACGACAGAUAGAUAUUCAUUCCUUCAGGCCAUUAGAACUUGCUGUAUGUCUCUAACAUGUUUCCACUUUACGUAAAAGUCUCUAGGUCAACUCAAUUUAAAUAUUUAACAAGACUUCUUGUAAUGUUUAAGACCAUUGAAUAAUAUCAAACGUCAUACAUCGAAAUCUCGAAUGCCUGUUGCUAGUUAAAAGUAUGACCCACAUAAAUCAUGUAAUAUUUUUUGGACACGUCCUAUUGUGGGACUCCUCAGCUAUACACAUCCACAACCUCGCCCCCUGCGAGAUUCGAACCCAGAACCUACUUGUUCCGCGCGCGAUCACUUAACCACUAGGCCACUGAGCCGGUUGGAUGGAGAACGCUGGUGAGUGGCCUAUGCUCCUUCACGAGGAGUAACAGGCGUAAGUAAUUUUUGGAAUUUGAAGUAAAUUUAACUGAUAGAAGUUUGUUAGAGUACACACUAUAUUGUCUUUUGAAUAGUAGAUCAGCCACUUAUAUGAAGUUUUUAAAACUGUAUAAUUAGAUUCAAAUGUAGAAGUAAAUUAUCUUCCUCCUAAUUCUAAAAGAGCUUUAGAAAUUAUUAUUCCUAUAAAAAUUAGAUUUUCUCCAGACUUUCAUUUUUCUACCAAACUUGAUGCAUUAUUUAUUUAUUUAGUCUACAACUUAAGGGUUUCUGAUUAUUAAUUUGGAUAAAACUUAGUACUGGUUUACUUGAUAAUAUCACUUUUGACCAGUAAAUCCCUACUUGCAUCAUAAUCAGACAUGAGACCUUGUGUGGCUAAAGUAAUUUAUCACAGAUAAAUAAAAUAUCAUACGCCUUAAAACUUUUUAAAUUGCCGAUUAUAAACCUAGUUUUCAUACUCAUAGUUGUUUAUUUCUACUCAAUACCAUAAUUUGCUGUUCUGUUACUAUCGAAUUACAUAAAUACUACGAAAACUUUAGAGAGAGGGAAAAACGUCUUUCAACAGCAGUCUAAAGUCUGAGAAAGCGAAGUAGAUCCUAUAGCAUUUUCUAUCAUAGGAUAUGCCACACUAAAAUAUGAUAUUUCCUUUUGGCCAUCAUAAACACUUUCCAGAAUACCAUACAUAAACAACUAAAGUAAUUUCAUGACUUGAAGCAUGACAAAACAUAAUAUCUGCUCAUAAAUACAUCACGUGACGAUUGAUCUGAAUUAGAUCAAAUCGGUAUUCAAAUCAACAGUUAAUUCCGAUCAGUAAUAUGGACAAUUAAUAUCCAUUAAAUAAAUACUUCUGCAUAUCAGCUUUUGACUGAGUAACGACUCAAGAUAUGGGUGUUGAGAUUUGACCUUACAAGCAUGCUAAUAUAUCAAACAGAUAUACCAUGUAACACGGAAGACGUCUUUUAGAGGCCUUAAUCAAUCAACAUCGACAUUCAACCAGAAACGAUAUCGAGGCAGUUUUACAACUGAUGAAAUGGAUCUAAUACUAAUUUGUCGUUUUCUGACGUAUUUUAAUGGAUGGAACUAGAAAAGAAGGCCCAGGACAGAGUGAGUUGGAGAAUACUGGUCGGCGACCUAUGCUCCAUUAGGAGUAACAGGCGUAAGUAAGUAAGAUGUAUUUUAAAUCCAACAUUUUGUUUUCUUCUAACUAACUACAGGGACUACAUAUCCAGCACGAAAACCCGAUAUCUGCAUAAAGAAUUCCAUCGUUUUUAUAUUUACACAUUUACUUUAUUUAUUGUGUUCAAAAUUAAAUUACUGUGAAACAAAUUAAUGAGUGUAUAAACUCACAAAUGUCUUCUUAUGUUUUUGGUUUUUCAGCUUUCUUAGGAAGAAGUACAGCCUGAAUAUUUGGUAGAACUCCACCUUGUGCUAUUGUAACUCCACCCAAUAAUUUGUUUAAUUCUUCAUCAUUUCUUAUAGCUAAUUGUAGAUGACGAGGAAUUAUACGUGUCUUCUU